UCAAAAAAACUUAAAUGAACCCAAGAAGGCCUAAUGGGCUCCAAAUGCUUCACGCCUCACGCGGAAAACCCGCGACGAGAAGCCUCUGAGACGGAGACGCACCGGAAUCAAGGAAGCGCACGCGUCCGCCGAGAUAAGCCGUCCUUCCGCCUCCACCUCUCCUCCCACAGCUCGCCGCCGCCUGACACCGGGGACCAGCCUCUAGUCAUGGCUGUCCUGCUCCGCACCACCACCUGCGCCACCGCCGCGACCGCCGGCUCCUCCUCGACCCUCCUCGCCACAACCUUCCGCCGCGGCCGCCGCCUCCUCCCAGCCCGCGCUUCGCCGCCGCGCCGCGCCUUCACUGCCCGCGCCUCGGCCGAGCCUCUGGAGGUUUGCGCCAAGGUCUCCAUCACCGUCCCCGACCGCCUCGGCGACUGUCCUUUCACGCAGAGAGUUUUGUUGACGAUAGAGGAGAAAAACCUUCCUUAUGAAUUAAAACUAGUUGAUCUUGCUAACAAACCAGAUUGGUUGUUUACAAUUAACCCAGAAGGUAAGGUGCCUAUUGUAAAGCUCGAGGACAAAUGGGUUGCUGAUUCUGAUGUUAUAACACAAGUGUUAGAAGAAAAGUAUCCUCAACCAUCCUUGGCAACUCCACCAGAAAAGGCUUCAAUAGGGUCAAAAAUAUUCUCCACAUUCAUUGGCUUUCUCAAGAGUAAAGAUACCAAUGAUGGAACAGAACAGACACUACUUAGUGAGCUGACUUCAUUCGAUAGUUAUCUAAAAGACAAUGGUCCAUUUAUCAAUGGUGGAACAAUUUCUGCCGCUGAUCUCUCUCUUGCUCCGAAAUUAUAUCACAUGGAGAUUGCUCUUGGUCACUAUAAGAAUUGGUCUGUCCCAGAUGCACUUGCACAUGUGAAAACAUACAUGGAGACUAUUUUCUCAAUGGAUUCAUUUGUCAAUACUCGGGGCCUGCCAGAGGAUGUCAUUGCUGGAUGGCGCUCAAAAGUCAUUGGUUAAGUCACGAUAGUAAAGCGGGGAUUCAGGGAGCUGUGCGUGCAGCUGUGGCAGACACGGUCAUCACGCAUAAGAGGCGGCAGACGUGGGCGUGGGCUGCACCUGGCCCGUUCCAGGAAGCCGAGCUGAUCUUUGGGGCGUGCGACCUGACGUGCCAUUCCAACAGAUACUGAAUGUGUACCUUUUACUGUCAGUACAUCAUCUUUUUCUCUACCUGCUGCAUUUGAUUAUCCACAUGGAAGUUCUGAUUCUGUAUAUCACCCCUACCCGUAGGAAGCAAUAAAGAAUUGUUAGUGAAGACUUCUGGUUUCUUCCUACCUCCAUAACAAGUAUCACAUCUCAGGAAAAUGAUCACAAUUGCAGUCUGAAUAACAUAUUCCUCUGCUGUAAAAUACAUCCUCUGUUCCUAAAUGUAAGACGUCUUACAUUUAUGAACGGAGGUAGUAGGUAUUACUGCUUUGAAGACAAUUGGUUUGGCGAUGGAGGCAUGGAAACAAGGUUCUGAACCGAUGAUCUGUACAAUCUCAAAACCACUGCCUUGCCUGUAACCAUCUCCAGAUGGUUUUGGUAUUUUCAGAAAGCUUAUGACAUUUGCAUCCUGAAUGAUCAGCAGAUUUCAUGUUCCGUUGAAAUAACAGACAAACAACCAAUUUCUGAUUGGUUUCAUAAAACUGGAUGCAAGUGGGGCUCAAAAGUAAAACUGUAGAAUGACAACUGCUGAAUCAAUCGUUCAGCUAUUAUUGUUCCAAGAUGAUUGGUUAUAAUAGAAGGGGAAGUUAGCACAUAUUGUUAAGAGUUAUUUUCCUCUACUUGAGUGUUAAAGAGUUUGUACUGGAUUAGGCUCAGUUUGCGGUUGCUGAACUGUGCUUAUUUAUAAUCCGAUAUUGGAAAUUAGCCACAAAAAUAGGCUCAAGCAGGUCAAACAAACACUAAAAUUGGCUUGGGUGGACAAACAUGAUUAUGAUAAUCAACUGCAUUGCCAAAUGCAGCUUUACUCUUUGGUAAGUCUGGAAUGUGUAGGCAGGAAGCUAUGUGAAAUUGUUUGUCAAAGUCCAGAAGCCAGUAGACCUCCAUACCAUUUUUUUUAAACAUUGGGAGGAGUUCUAUCUAAAAGGGAAAUAGAAGACAAUAAUGUUACAAUAUUUAGCUACUUUGAUAACAAUGCAUAACAGUAUUACGAGUAAAUUUUGCAGGCCUUUAGGUUUGAUGACAAGCUGUCCCAAAACUAUUGAUUUUUGGGUUACCUGGAUCUCCACUUUGACUGUAGACCUGGGCCCAUGUAUUGCAAAAUCUGAUAUGUUUCAUGUUGAUAAUUGAUGCAUCACGUAACUGGUGAUUUGGCUUGCCGUGAAACCGUUUGAGGAUUUUGUGAGUAUGACGUGAUCUGGGUGGAGACUUCGGUGCACAGCACACUAAUCUGUAGUUUGUGAUACAGUUGAUCAGUAAAUCUAUAGUUCUAUAAAACAUAAUUUUUGUAGAAGUUUGUUGGAAUUUACUCUGAACAAUGGUGCAGCCAGACUACAUGAUCCUUAGCUUCUUUGAUUUACAGAUGCACUACUUACUUGCUGUUAAAGUGAUUAGGUGCUGGUUAAAACAUGCAAGUAUAUAUUGAUAGCAUUUGAUCUAUAUUCAGUAAAUGUCUGCAGCUCAAUUGCUGAUAUUUUUUCUGCACCUGCCGCCACAGCACAAUCUUCUGUGUCUUCCUCAACCGAUCUGACCAGUUGAUACCCCAUUUUAGCUGGUAGUGUAUGUUUGUUAGGGGAGUGCGAAUCUUCCAUUCAAACUAUUUGCAUUUAAGAUAUGUGCUUUCACUCUUUAGCUCUUUGCUUAAAAUCAGCACGCUGUUCUAAAUUGCUUGUACUUAACGACUUAUCAUGUGGUGCU